AAUUACUUCAGCCUUGUAAACACUUAAAAAAUAUACCAAAAAAAAUUAUUUUACGAGAAUCAUGAAGUCGACUAUAUUUUUUAUUUCAAUCUAUUUCAUCUUAAUAAUGACGUUUGUAAAUUGUGAAGAUGAAAUUACGAAAUUAAGACGAAAAAUGAUUAUGCACGCAUCUGAAUGUUACAAUCAAAUGAAUAUAACAAAAGAAGAGGGACAAAAGAUGAGGGCAGAUCAUGAUUUUGCUAAGAAAAGAUUACGUUGCUAUUCUGCAUGUUUCAUGAAAAAAACGAAUGAGAUGAACGAGAAUAAUCAGCUGAAUAUGAAUACAAUAUCGAGUAUUGAACAUACAUUAUAUCCUGAAAAAGCCGAUGAAAUGAUGAAAGUACUAACAAGUUGUAGUGAAAAAGUCAAAGGUAUUGCAGAUAUGUGCGAUUUGGCAAAUGCUUACGAAGAAUGUUCGCACCAAAAAAUCUAGUAAAAAGAACUGUAUCAAUGAGUGGAAUUUUUGAAGUUUUAAAUAUAUAAUUUAUACAUUUUUACUACUAUAAGAGUAA